AUGUCAAGCAAAGCGGCUGUGCCAUUUUCCAGAGACGCCUUGGAGCAGGUGUUGAAGAGACGUUUCUUUUUCGCCCCAGCCUUCGAGAUCUACGGAGGUGUCAGUGGUCUCUACGACUACGGUCCUCCAGGCUGUGGUUUCCAGGCCAACAUUGUCGACACGUGGAGAAAACACUUUAUUUUGGAGGAGGACAUGUUGGAGGUCGACACCACCAUGUUGACGCCGUACGAGGUGUUGAAGACCUCCGGCCAUGUGGACAAGUUCACCGACUGGAUGUGUAAGGACUUGAAGACUGGUGAGAUCUUCAGAGCCGACCACUUGGUGGAGGAGGUUUUGGAGGCCCGUUUGAAGGGCGACAAGGCCGCCCGUGGCCAGCAGGUCGAGGAGAAGGACGACAAGAAGAGAAAGAAGAAGGUGAAGGAGAUCAAGAACGUCAAGUUGGAGGACGCGGUUGUGGCCGAGUACGAGUCUGUUUUGAACCAGAUCGACGGUUUCUCCGGCCCCGAGUUGGGCGACUUGAUCACCAAGUACGACAUCACCAACCCUGCCACCGGCGGUAAGUUGGAGCCUCCUGUGGAGUUCAACCUUAUGUUCGACACUGCCAUUGGCCCAUCUGGCCAGUUGAAGGGCUACCUCCGUCCCGAGACCGCCCAGGGCCAGUUCUUGAACUUUGCCAAGUUGUUGGAGUUCAACAACGAAAAAAUGCCUUUCGCCUCUGCUGCCAUUGGUAAGUCUUUCCGUAACGAGAUCUCCCCUCGUGCUGGUUUGUUGAGAGUCAGAGAGUUCUUGAUGGCCGAGAUCGAGCACUUUGUCGACCCCGAGGACAAGAGCCACCCCCGUUUUGCCGAGGUCAAGGACUUGAAGUUGAAGUUCUUGCCUAAGGACGUCCAGGAGGCUGGUUCCAACACUUUGGUCGAGAAGUCCAUUGGCGAGGCCGUUUCCACCGGCAUGGUCGACAACGAGACCUUGGGCUACUUCAUUGCCAGAAUCUACCAGUUCCUCAUCAAGAUCGGUGUGGACCCCAACAGAUGCAGAUUCAGACAGCACUUGUCGAACGAGAUGGCUCACUACGCCUCGGACUGUUGGGAUGCUGAGUUGGAGACUUCCUACGGUUGGGUCGAGUGUGUUGGUUGUGCCGACCGUUCUGCCUACGAUUUGUCUGUCCACUCUGCCAGAACCAACGAGAAGCUCGUGGUCAGAAAGCCCUUGGACCAGCCUCGUACCGUCAACAACUUCGAGGUCGACAUCGACAAGAAGAAGUUCGGUCCUAAGUUCAGAAAGGACGCUGGUGCCGUGACCAAGUUCUUGACCGACAGAACCCAGUGUGAGUUGGAGGACUUGGCCAAGGAGUUGGCUGACACCGGUAAGAUCUCUGCUGAUGUGCCUAACGUGGGCCAGGUUGAGGUUCCAGCCGAGCUUGUCAAGAUCGAGAGAGUCGAGAGAACCGAGCACGUUCGUGAGUUCACUCCUAACGUGAUUGAGCCUUCUUUCGGUCUUGGCCGUAUCAUCUAUUCCAUCUUUGAGCACAGCUUCUGGGCUAGACCCGAGGACAAGGACAGAUCUGUUUUGUCGUUGCCUCCUUUGGUGGCUCCUACCAAGGUCUUGGUGGUGCCAUUGUCUUCCCACGCUGACUUGACUCCACUUGUUGGUAAGAUCACCUCUGCCUUGAGAAAGGCCCAGGUUCCAUUCAAGGUGGACGACUCUUCGGCUUCCAUCGGUAAGAGAUAUGCUAGAAACGACGAGUUGGGUACUCCUUUCGGUAUCACCAUUGACUUUGACACUGUCAAGGACGGUUCUGUUACUUUGAGAGAGAGAGACUCCACCAAGCAGGUGAGAGGUUCUCUUGACGACAUUGUCAAGGCCGUCAAGGCCAUCACCUACGACGGUGUUUCAUGGACCGAGGGUACUUCCCUGCUCACUCCUUUUGAGACUGUCACUGAGGAGAAAUAA